AUGCCACCUCUACGAGCACCUGCAGGUGCAAAGUCGCCGGCAGACGACUGGGACAUUGAGCUUCCCGACGUCAAAGAACUUGAUUCCUUUCGGACUGUGGUGAGAAAGCUCUCAAAGUACUUUGAGGAAGUCAUUGAGCUGCCCAGCACAUUUGAGCAAUUGCGGACAACGUCAUCUGGCAACUGUCUGCGCGUCUUGGUCGACCAUCUGGCCAAGAAUUGCGAGAACCAGGCGAUCGUCAACGCCCUCCUGGCCUUGAAAUGGCACUACGCUGUCGAUGUAGAAAACGAGCAGGGGCUCGGUCCGUCGCGGUCGAGCGCCUGCGAGAUUGUCGCAUGGAGGUUCCUGACACGUUUUCCAGAGCGUGUGGCCUUGGACUUCUGCCUGUAUGAGAUCCCAGAGGCCCAGCUCCCGAGCCAGAUGGGCCCACUGGCGGCCCAGACGUCGCAGGACCCCGAGGACAACGCAGAGCUAGCACCUUUGCUGUCACGCUUCUCGGCAAAGACCGAUCGGAGCAAUUCAGUAUCGGCCCCAACAGGGAGCAAAACCAAGCGAAGCGAACUGCUCUUCUCGCUGUCGAGGCUAACAGAAGGGAGCCAUGACUCCAGUUCAGCGGGCCCAGACGACGAGGAUCCGAGCGCUGCUUUUGAAGGGCUGAACGCGCUCGAGAUCGCCGCCGUGGCGGACGCGAAGCGGUUCCUGAGCCAGCACGUAGUACAGAAGAUUCUGACUGGCAUAUGGAACGGGCAAAUUGUGUACUGGGACGCCUUGUCACUCCACGCGAGGAAACAGCCUCGCUUCUAUCACCCCAACAGAGCCGACCCCUACGCGCGGCUGAGGGUGCCCAAGUACAUGAAGUGCUGGGAGGUUGUCUUCUUUGGCAUCUUCCUCUGCCUUUUCUACGCUGUGCUCAUCGUCCCGCCGAGAGAUCGGCUUACAGGAGUCGAGCUAGCCCUGUGGUUCUGGUUCGCUGCGUUCCUCUUUGACGAGCUGAGCGAAUGGGGCGAUGCGGGAAGCGUCAUAUACACGGCGGAUAUUUGGAACUUUUUUGACAUGAUUGUGAUUCUGAUUGGAGUUGUCUUUAUCAUCCUCCGGAUCGUCGGCCUCAGCCAGAACAGCCAGGAGCUCAGUGGCUGGGCUUUUGACAUACUCGCACUGGAGGCCCUGUUUCUUAUCCCGCGCAUCUGCUCCAUCUUGAGCUUGAGUCCGUAUUGGGGAACGCUGAUUCCGUGCUUGAAGGAGAUGGGCAAGGACUUUUGCAAGUUCAUGGUACUGCUUGCCAUCUUCUUCCUGGGCUUCUUGACCACAUUCUCCCUCAUUGGUCGCGGCAACUUUAGGCUCGGGAGCAUGUCGAUCAUCCUCACCCGAAUUUUCUUCGGAUCCAGCUACGUUGGUUUCGAUGUCAUGGACCAAAUCGAUCCCAUAUUUGGACCGCCGUUGAUGAUCAUCCUCGUCAUCUUCUCCAACAUCCUCUUGCUCAGCUCCUUGACUGGUAUCCUCUCCAACAGCUUUUCCCGCGUCAUCAACCAUGCUCGAGAGGAGUAUCUCUACGUCUACGCGGUGUACGUGCUGGAGGCAUCGACAAGCAACCGACUCAUCCACUUCUAUCCACCCUUUAAUUUUAUCGCCUGGAUCCUGUUCAGCCCGUGGUCUCUCGUGUUCCCAAACUCCCCCGGCAUACUCAAGGCCCGCAUUGCGGCAUUGAAGAUUUCUCAUCUGCCAAUUAUUGCCGUCAUCAAGGCGUACGAGUGCCUCCAACGUCGAGAGUCCCAGAUUUUCUUGGCUGGCUUCGAAAGUCCCGCUGAGCAGCCGCGCGAAACGCACCGCAGGCCGACGAUGCCCCAGAUUCGACCCUCUUCCGCCUACAAUCGGCCCACCAUGCCCCUCCUGAGCGCCAGCGCGUUCGGCAAGAUGGGCAAGCAAAAGUUGGAUGCGGCCGACGAGGAUGUCAAUGCGGACACGUCGUUGGCGGCGCAGAUUGCGGAGCUGAACAGCAAGAUCGACAAUAUCACAACCGCUCUCUUGGCCAUGCAGCAGAAUCAGUCUAUACGCACCGGAGCAGCGGCUGCCGAGGGCGGCACGACGGAAUCCUAG